CUUUAAGUAUAACCAUAUCCAAAAUGGUGAAACUGGUUUUCGCUACAGUUACACUUUUGCUUCUAGCAAAUACAGAGGCUCAAUUCGAAAGCCGCUCCCCAAAUCGAUUCGGUCAAGGUGGUUCUGGUGGAUUUGGCGGCUCUGGUGGAUUUGGAGGCGCAGGUGGGUUUGGAGUCCCCGGUGGAUUUGGACCUCCUGGAGGAUCUGGUGGAUUAGGUGGUAAUGGUGGAUUUGGUGGUAAUGGUGGAUUUGGGGGCCCUGGUGGAUUUGGCCCUCCUGGAGGUUUCGGUGGCUCUGGUGGAUUAGGUGGUUCUGGUGGAUUUGGUCAGCCAGGUGGAUUUGGCGGUUCUGGUGGAUUUGGUGCUUCUGGUGGAUUCGGCGGCUCUAGUAGAUUUGGCGGAUUUGGUGGACCAGGAGGAUUCGGCGGCCCAGGUGGAUUUGGCGGACCUGGUAGAUUCGGCGGUCCAGGUGGAUUCGGCGGCCCAGGUGGAUUUGGUGGACCAGGUGGAUUUGGCGGACCCGGUGGACCUGGUGGAUUUGGCGGCCCUGGUGGACCCGGUGGUCCUCCUUCUUUUCUACGACCACGUCCUCCCCGUCCAAUACCUCCACGUCCGCAACCACAGCCCCAACCCCAACCCCAACUACAGAGCUUGCGUCUUUGCAAUCCCUCACAAUUGGCUCAAAACAAGUGCCUCUAUGCAUUGGAAGUAGCCGCCAACAACUCCAUCGAUCUGAAGCUGCAAUGCAUCCAAGCCGAUUCGUUUGAAACCUGUGUGUUUGUGGUUCAAAGUUCUGCGGCUGAUUUGGUAGUGGCCGACGACGACGAAUACAAGUCGGCACGGGAGGCGGGUCUAACACCGGUGCUCUAUGCUCACGAACGCUUGUCGGACUAUUAUAUAGCCGUGGCACCCAGAAAUAUUACACUUGUGGGAUUGAACGAGGCAACCAUAGGUGUGAACAUUUCAACUGCGCGCGCUUUUCAUGCGGCUGCUUUCUUUAAUCGCCAACGUGGCCAUGACACCUGUGCCGAGGUUAUUGUGGGAAAUGCAACUAUUAAUAUUCGAAAUACUGCCGAGUAUACACCCACCGACGAUGAGGUAUUGAUUUGCGCUAAUCUCACAGUGGGCGCGUUCGCCGAUAAUAGCACGUGCAAUGUCGAAGCCAGUUUGGAGCGUGCAGUUUUCGCAGCCAAACGGUGUGCUGCCAAUUCCAAUUUUAGGAGUCUCCUUCAAAAUGUCUUCAAUACGCUGAUAUCGAGCUUGGGUCCACAGAGUGCAAACUGGAAUUUCUUUAGUGAUUUCAACAAUGCUACUGAUCUUAUCUUCAAGAACAACACAAUCGGAUUUUCGGAAAGCCCUGUCUACAUUAAUGGCGUUACUGAGGAGGUAUUCAACGAUUUGCUCUGCAAUACAGGGAGCCAGUAACAUUUUCAAGCGAACUGGAGUGAGCAAAUUUAAAUUUAAAAUUCUUUAUAUGAAUGUGCAUACACACAUAAUAUAUGUACAUAAUAAUUAUUAUACAAUAUAUAACAACUAUCAGAAAAAAUAAAUUUAUAUAUCCCAAUGUUUUAA